UUUUAUACUAAGCACAUAACCUUAUUCAGAAACAAGAGAAUUGAAGAGGGUUAAGAGAAAGACAUGGCAGAUGAGAAAAAGAGGAUAAUGAGGGGUUGUAUCAAGAAUGGUAGGGGGCCUUGGAUAGUUCGUAGAACUACCAACUAUGGUAUUAUCACUAAAUAUCGGUUUCCUUCUGAUAGGGAGCGCCAAACCAACAAGCAAAGGGAGCGUAGAAGGAGAGCAGUGGCUCGGAAGAUCUUUGCAGGCCUUAGACAGCAUGGAAACUACAAGCUUCCCAAACAUGCUGACACCAAUGACCUGCUCAAGGCUCUUUGUGAGGAAGCAGGUUGGCAUGUUGAAGAAGAUGGUACCGUUUACAGGAAUAAGGAGUUCAUAUCCAGCUUGGUCAAAGCAAGCUCCUACUAUGCUCAGGAAGAUCUUGAUUGUUGUAAAAGCAAUAAUCAUAUGGUUUCAGAAAAUGGAGUAUUCCCAUUAUCGGGAGAAUUCCCAUUAUCGAGUUCUUCAAUUGAAGAGCGCCAUGGAAAUGGAGAACAUGAUGACCUUAGGCUCUCACUCUCACUGUCACUUUCAAGUUCAACUUGGAAAAAGAAUGCAGAUGCCAAGGAAAACCGGGUGGAUUAAUGUAUUUGUGCAGUGGGUUCGAGUGCUCUGCCAGACAAACAUCAAUAUAAUUAAUAUGCCCUGACUAGAAAGAAACACUAUAUAUAUUCAC